AUGUUAAAAUUAAAGACUAUAAUACUUGUAUUCUUUGCUGUAUCUUACUGCUAUUCGUGGCCUGUAUAUUAUCCAUCUACAUUUUUGUUUCAAAAUAAUCCAUAUUUAUAUUAUGUUGAUAAUAAUAAUUUACAAAUAAAUUCCUAUAUUCGAUCUUGUCUUCAAUAUUUUUCAUACGAUCGACUUACUAGACAUGUAUCCUACAAUUUUUUAACAUGUAACGGCCAUUAUUUGACAAAAAUUAAUUAUAAAAUUCGAAUUUUAAAUGGUCGAAUAGAAUUAUUAAAAAGUAUUUUAAUUCAAUAUGACGGUCCAAACAGACAAUUACAAAUGAUAUGUGAUUCAAUGAUCAAUUAUUGUUACCAUUAUUUUCGUUCAUUUUAUUUAAGAUAUGGUUUAUAUUUAAAAUUAAAAAUUUAUUGUGGCACUAGUGAUGAUGAAUCAAUUACAAAAAUAAAUGUAACACCUUAUAUUGAUUAUGUUGAUGCAAAUAAUUGGGCAAUAAAGUUUGAUGUUAAUACUGGAGAAGUUUUAAAUGAUCCGUUAAUAUGUAGAAUAAAUUUACAUGAAUUAACGCAUCUAUUCGGAUUAGAAGACGCAUAUUAUGAUCAUCAUUGUCCGAAUCGACAACUACAGUCAUAUUAUAAUUUAAUGACAAAUCCAUGGACACAAGAAUAUUUAGAAUUAACUUUUAAUCAAAUAGAGAAAAUAUUGUAUCCAUUGUGUAAUGAUCGUUAA